AUGGAUCCUCUCUUCGUUAACUCUCCCGGGUUUGUCCACUCUCCCGGGUUUGUUAACCUCUCAGCUUCACGGAACACUCAAACAAUAGACGUAGAGUCUUCUGAGUUCCCUAGCUUUAGUAGUCAGGGCUCUGUAGGUCCUAAGCCACUGGAAAGGCGCAAGUGGACACCAAAAGAAGACUUGGUGCUGAUCAGUGCUUGGUUGAACACCAGCAAGGAUCCGAUAGUCGGUAAUGAGCAGAAGGCAGGGGCGUUUUGGAAGAGAAUAGAGGACUACGUUAACGCAAGCCCUCAGCUCAAUGGCUUUCCUCCUAGAGAGUAUAGUCAGUGUAAGCAGAGGUGGGGAAGAGUGAACGACUCGGUGGGGAAGUUUGUGGGAUCCUUUGAGGCCGCUUUGAAGAAGCAAGCUAGUGGCCAAAACGAUAAUGAUGUAAUGAAGGUUGCGCAUGACAUCUUCACUAAUGACCAUGAGUACAAGUUCACUCUUGAACAUUGUUGGAGGGAACUCAGGUUCGAUCAAAAAUGGAGAUCACACUACCUGUCCAAAGAUGGUGCAAAGGACAAAGGGAAGGAAUGUGCGGACAAGAGGAAGGAACAAGCGGAGGUGGUGGUCGACGAUGAAGAGGCUCGGCCUCCUGGUGUUAAGGCUAGCAAAGCAGCCAAACGGAGGAAGCACGGUUUUUGUUUUGCAGGUCACGGGUUGCAAGUCACAAGUGGCAGAAAACAGAAAACAAUGUCUUCCUCGUCAAGUGAUGAAAUAGAUGAAAUUCUAAAUGAAGCUUUUGAAGAAAUUGUGGAUCAACAUGUUGAUAAUUUCAUCGACUCAAUUAUUAAUGUUCAAGCCAACAACCGGACAAGACGAGCUUAUAUCGAAAGAGAUCGAGAGCAAGGACAUAAUCAGCUUUGGGACGACUAUUUUAGUGAUCAUCCUACAUAUUCAGCAGACAUGUUUAGGCGGCGUUUUCGAAUGAACAAGCCAUUGUUCCUUCGCAUUGUCGAUCGCCUAAGUAAUGAAGUUCCAUACUUUCAGCAAAGAAGAAAUGCUCACGGAAGGUACGGGCUAUCUGCACUUCAAAAAUGUACAGCAGCUAUGCGUAUACUGGCAUAUGGUCAAUCGGGAGAUACGUAUGACGAAUAUCUCCGACUUGAUGAGUAUCUAAGAAGCCCUACACCGGAGGAUCUUCAACGAUUACUCGAUCUUGGAGAGGCACGCGGGUUUCCAAGUAUGAUAGGCUCGAUCGACUGUAUGCAUUGGGAGUGGAAAAACUGCCCAACGGCUUGGAAAGGCCAGUACACACGUGGUUCAGGGAAGCCGACAAUUGUCUUAGAAGCUGUGGCAUCACAGGAUCUUUAG